UUCUAUGGCAGUUGAGAAGAGCAGUGAGCCAGAAGCUAGGAUGAAAAGAAGGGAUGGACAUGCCAUGACCUUCGAAGGUGUUUACAAUGCCAGCAUACUGGACUACCCAACACACAGGGUGCGGAAGCCUUUUGUAGGCUGGGUAGUGGUGGAGUCUUUUUGGAAAAGCAGCUUGUGUAUGGCAAGGGGGGAAUAUCAAGCCAGUUCUCCCCUACCGCGUGCACCGCUUCUAUUCUAUGGCACCCCACCAGCGACAGCUCCUGACCCAAAGCUACGUUCGCCUGUUCUGUGCUGGCCUCAUGGGCUUCACCUUUGUCUUGCUGCUCUGCUUGACUCCUUUCCACUGGGUGCAGUUCACGGUACUGAAAGACAAGAAGAAGCUCUUGGCGGGGCUCUGGACCUUGUGCCACAAUGAUCUCUGCUGGAGCCACAGACCAGAGGCACCCUACUAUCUCCAAUACUCCAGGACCUUCUUCCUCAUCUCUGCCCUCUCCAUCCUCAUUAUUAUUACAUGGCUCAGCAUCUCUCUCACCAAAAGGCCAGGAGACAAAACCUACGUAGAUCUGGGCAUAUCCAUCUUCUGUUUCAUCUCAGGCACCUGCCUACUUCUCUGCCUCAUUUUGUUCCUGAUGCAAGUGAAAUUGUACAGUGCGAACGUCUUGGAGCCCCGUUUCCUAUUAGUCUACCGUCUUAAUUGGUGGGGCUGCAUCAUCUACCUGUUAGUUGGUCUCCUCUCUGGACUCAAUCACAUAAGUUCUCGGGUUUCUUCUCCAGAUCAAAAUCUCCUUGUGAUCCCCAUAACAAGGACAAGGAUAAGAAAUAUAGCCACAGUGGAAUUGGGUCUAUCUGAGACAAAUGUAGGUAUUUCUCCAUGGAUGAAUCAGGCACAAGAAAGGCAGUCAAAUUCAGUGCCACGAUCAAGGACCCAAACAGAGGCAGGGACCCAGACAGAGCUAGAAACUCAGACAGGCCCAGAGACCCGAAAAGUGCUAGGAGCUCGGCCUGAACCCGAGGCCCAGGCUGAGUCAAGGACUCAGACAGAGCCAGAGAUAGGAUAUGAAUCAGUAACAAGGGAAGGGUUAAUAACUCAGGCAAGGUUAGCUACUGAGAUAGAGCCAGCUGACACAGUAAAGCUACGGCCUGAGACAGAGAAGACAAUAGGGAAUGAGACUAGUGACAUGUCGAGCAGUAGACUUGAGGGUAAUAAAAAGAAAAUGACCAAAGACAGGGAUGAUGAGGACAGAAAUUUAACUGAGAAAAGUGAUGAUGACAAGACAAAAAAUUAAUCUUAGAUAUAAGGACAGAGAUCUCAAAAAAACCAAACAAACAAACUAGCACAGAGGUUUCCCUUCAGGGUUGAAGGUGUUUUUUGGGUCUGUAUGAAAAUUAGUAGGAGUAUCAGAGAUAAUUCUGAGAUGACAGUAUAAUGACCCUGUUGAACCCUCCUUAGAUUAUGUCUCGUUCGCUGAACAAGUUACAUUAUGAUUGAAAGAAAGUCGUUUGUAUAGUUUACGUCAAAGUCACCAACAACUUAAGAAUCACAAUGAAAGUGAUGAAAAGCUUAUUAAAAGAAGUUUCCAUGUUA